AUGGCCCACUCCGCCCUUGUGACAUAUGGCUCUGAGACCGGAAAUGCAGAGGAGCUUGCUGUCCAGCUGAGCCAGCUCACUCGCCGGCUGCACAUUUGGACCACGAUCAAGCCACUGAACGCUCUCGCCCCACAACACCUAAAAAACGCCUCAGUCGUUCUAAUAGUCAUAUCAACAACCGGCCAAGGGGAUUUGCCUAGAAAUGCUCAACUUUUCUUUCGAAAACUACGAAGCAAGAAGCUAGCAGCAAACUGCCUGGAAAACUGUAUCUUCACGUCCUUCGGACUGGGCGACAGCUCGUAUCCCCAAUUUAAUUGGGCUCACCGGAAACUGGGCAACCGCAUAGAACAGCUCGGCGCUCAACGUCUCAUUGAAGCCGGCGAAGCAGACGAGCAGCACCCGGAAGGUGUUGAUGCUACAUUUCUACCAUGGGUAGAUAAGCUCCGAGAAAAACUGCUGGAAACCUGCCCACUUUCAUCGGAUGUAAAGCCGCUUGCCGACGAUACGUUCCUUAAACCGAGGUGGUUUCUGAAAAUCCAUGAGAAUGAUGAAGAAAAGCAACCCCAAAAGCCAAUCCAGACUCUUGAGAAUUUCUCGAAUCUCGAUUGCACGCACGUUAGCACGGAACCAGACCACGAGCCCGCUGAAGUCGUAUCAAACACGCGCGUAACACCUGAGGACCACUGGCAGGAUGUCCGACGAAUUGACAUAAGGUUUCCGCGCCAAAUACCGCGGGCAGAUGCAAAGGGCAACGUCAUAGAAAAACCCCGGGCGUUUUACAGUCCUGGCGACAUACUUGAGCUCUACCCAAAGAAUUUCCCCUCGGAUGUCCAACAUUUCAUUGACUUGCAGGGUUACGGAUCGAUAGCACAUGCACCUCUGGAUGUUCAAUAUGACUGGGAACAGUUCGACAGUAACCCCCCGCGCGAACAUCCUUUGGGCCGUGCUCCCUUUCACAACACCCUCUUCGGCAUUCUCACCAACCACCUGGACAUAAUGGCUGUACCCCGCCGUUCAUUCUUCGCUCUGAUUGCCCAUUUUGCAUCUGAUCCGGACCAAAAAGAGCGUCUAUUGGAAUUUGCAAGGCCAAACGACCCCGAGCUUAUCGACGACUAUUUUGACUACGCCACUCGCCCACGCCGCAGCAUCCUCGAGGUAUUGCAGGAGUUCACCAGUGUCAAGAUCCCUUACCAGUAUCUCCUCGGCAUACUCCCUCCCUUGAAACCCCGCCAAUUCAGCAUCGCCAGUGCCGACUUGACAAAACUAGAUCCAGAAUCUACCGAUUGCACUGUCACUCUCCUUGUCGCAAUUGUCAAGUACCGCACUGUCAUCAAGCGCACCAGGUGGGGCGUCUGCUCGCAUUACCUCAGCGAGCUCAAGCCAGCGCAGAGACUUCGCGUCCAACUCAUCGAAGGCGCAAUGCGUCUCUCCGACGAGGAUCUGCAGGCACCUUCCAUCCUCAUCGGGCCGGGAACUGGUGUUGCGCCUCUCCGCUCCAUCAUUCAAGGCAAGGAGCUCCUCCGCCAGGGUGACACUGGCAGUGCUGCGCCCAACUUGGGCGACACCAUCCUCUUCUUCGGCAACCGUAACGCCGCGGCGGACUUCUUCUUCGCAGACGAAAUGCGCGAACGCACGGAGAAGCAGAAGAUGCAGCUCGCCACAGCUUUCUCGCGAGAUCAGCGAGAGAAGAUAUACAUCCAGGACCGCGUUCGCGAGCAUGGCAAGGAAAUCUGGAACUUGCUCCAGAAGAGUGCGAGGAUCUACUUGUGCGGGAGCUCAGGCAAGAUGCCGGAGGCGGUGAGGAGAGCGCUGGAGGAUGUCAUCAAGCACGAAGGAGGGAUGAGUGAGACUGAGGCAGAGGAGACGUUGAGAGGAAUGGUCAAAGCGGGAAGAUUUAGACAGGAGACCUGGUAG